AUGCUGCAGUUUAACCAGAGGGGGCAGUUUCUAUUCCCGAAACAUAACGUAAGGGAGAGCGAAGCAUCGAACGCUCUAGCAGCGUUGGAGGCAAGGAAGGAAAACGAGAGCGGGUGCUUGGAAAAGCAGAGCGGCUUUCCCGACGCCGCGCCGCUGAGCUCCCAGCCCCUGCUGCUCCUGGGGCCCGAGGGCAACUACAACUACUACGUGGACGAUGAGGACGAGGAAGAGGAAGAACAAGGGAAGUGGCCGGGCGGGGACUCCUUGGAGGGGGAAAACAAGCCCUCCUCGCCGGCUCCGUGCUCCCCUUCGCUGCCGGYGGGAGCCCCGGCCUCCACCUCGUCCGUGCUGAACAUCAACGUGGGCGGCCAGAGCUACCGCCUCACCUACCAGGCCGUGGCCGUCUACCCCAAGACACGCCUGGGCCGCCUGGCCACCUCCACCGACCGCCGCUGCCAGCUGGGCCUGUGCGACGACUACGCGGCCCAGGUGGACGAGUACUUCUUCGACCGCGACCCGGCCGUCUUCCAGCUCGUCUACAACUUCUACGCGUCGGGGGUGCUGCGCGUGCGGGACGAGCUCUGCCCGCGCAGCUUCCUGGAGGAGCUGAGCUACUGGGGCGUGCGGCUCAAGUACACGCCGCGCUGCUGCCGCAUCUGCUUCGAGGAGCGGCGCGACGAGCUCAGCGAGCAGCUCAAGGUGCAGCGCGAGCUGCGCUCGCAGGCCGAGGCGCARGAGAACGAGCAGCUCUUCCACCACAUGCGCUACUACGGCCCCCAGCGCUGGCACCUCUGGAACCUCAUGGAGAAGCCCUUCUCCUCGGUCACCGCCAAGGUGAUGGCCGUGGCCUCCAGCUUCUUCGUGCUCAUCUCCGUGGUGGCCCUGGCGCUCAACACGGUGGAGGAGAUGCAGCAGGUGGACCGCAAGAGCGGGGAGAGCCGCCCCGUGCUGGAGCACAUCGAGACGCUCUGCAUCGCCUUCUUCACGCUGGAGUACCUGCUGCGCCUCGUCUCCACGCCYGACCUGCGCCGCUUCGCCAGCAGCGCCCUCAACGCCGUGGACCUCAUCGCCAUCCUGCCCCUGUACCUCCAGCUGCUGCUGGAGUGCUUCGCCGACGACGACCAGCCGCGGGGACGGGGCUCGCAGCACGAGCAUGACAUCGAGAAGGUGGGGCGGGUGGGCAAGGUGGGGCAGGUGCUCCGCAUCAUGCGCCUCAUGCGCAUCUUCCGCAUCCUCAAGCUGGCUCGGCACUCCACGGGGCUGCGUGCCUUCGGCUUCACCUUGCGCCAGUGCUACCAGCAGGUGGGCUGCCUGCUGCUCUUCAUCGCCAUGGGCAUCUUCGCCUUCUCCGCCAUGGUCUACACGGUGGAGCACGACGUCUCCAGCACCAACUUCACCAGCAUCCCCCACGCGUGGUGGUGGGCGGCCGUGAGCAUCUCCACGGUGGGCUACGGCGAUAUGUGCCCCGAGACCCACCUGGGCCGCCUCUUCGCCUUYCUCUGCAUUGCUUUCGGCAUCAUCCUCAACGGCAUGCCCAUCUCCAUCCUCUACAACAAGUUCUCGGACUACUACAGCAAGCUGAAGGCCUACGAGUACACGGCCCUCAAGAAAGAGAGGGGCAAGGUGGACUUCACGCGGCGGGCCGUGAAGAAGCUCUCCGAGUGCUGCGGGGAAGGCGCUGGCCGCCCCGCGCUGCGCACCUGA